AUUGUGGCUUUCAGUUUUGCCUCCUGUGGCUCGGAAGUGGAGGUGAACAGGCCAAGUUCUCAAAUGACCCUAAUCAAUGUUCCCCUCAACUGCUGCAAGUCGGCAUGCAGACAUAUUACUGCGAAUUUACUGACAAUUAUGGUCGCUCUGAUUCUUCCAAUGGCUUUUGAGUUCUCCCCUGACCUUCUGAUUAUCAAUGUUGGCGACGCGAUCACAAAUGAGAGAACAGAAUUGCCUAAACAAUUCCUGACACAUUUGGUCUUCAUGCUGAAGAAUGUUGCCACCCGACUGGUUAUCUUGACACCAGUUAAGGUCAAUCCUGACAACCUCCUCGAUUGCUUAUUGGACGCCUCUCCUCCUGGACCAUUCAAGGCUAAUCAGCUGACUAUCGCCAGUUCAAAGCCUCAUCGAUGGGCCCUGGAUGAGCAUUUCUGUCAAUUUUACUGCUUCAAGCGUGUUCUCCGACAAUUGAAACACUUUGAAGGAGAAUGA